AUGGAAGUUCAUAGCAUGAACAUACCACGGCGUCAGAAGGCCCAGCAUCAGAUAUUUGAAGAUGGCAUGAGGCGGCUUCUAAAGCACGAGGCCCUGGACGCAAUGACACUCAUUGACCUCUUGACCUUGAUUUACCUGAAGCCUGAGUCCCGCGCUGAGAUUCCAAAUCCAUUCUGGCUAGCUCUUUUGGUCGCCGAGAGUAGCUGUCACAGUGACGAGGUCAAAGAGGCUAAGCGGAUGAUCUGGAGGCGACUAUUUAUACGCGAUGAUUGGGCUAAGAUCAACGACACACAGCUCAAGGAUGAUCGUCAGGUGGUUGAGAGAUUGGCAGAGACUGAGCUCUAUUCAAUGCUAACCGACUGCAUCAGCUUCCAAGAUCCACAUGAGCCUUUCCGACCUCUAUCUCCGCACGAGGCUCUUGGUGCUUUUACCGAGAACCUCGACCGCCGGUUCCGCGAUUUUGAGACAUCUUUCAGGACAAAGCUGAUCGAUAUCAUGAAGUUGGAGGAUAAGAUUCUCCAUCAGCAUGUGGAGAAGCAUCGUCUCGGUGAAUGGGUCCGUUCUACCUUCGAAGCCGCUCGAGUAGAGCUAGACAGCACGCUGGAUAACGCCACUAAGAUUGCUGCCGCCCCCCAAGUUGCUGAGCACAAUACUGUAAUGAGUGGCUCAAUAUUCGAUUAUGGCAGCUAA